AGGAACCUAUAAAAAAUAAUUAUUGAUAAAUAAUAUCAUUAAAAUAAUAUACCAAACUAAUAAAACACCUGGUAUAUUUAAUCUCUAUUAUUGUUUUUUUGUUUCAGCAUUAUUUUAUUUUUUUUUACAAUAGAAGUAAUUACAUGCUCUACUGUCAAUAGAAAAUUAACAUUACAUAUGAAUAUUCAUAAAUUACAUUAAGCCAUGUUGUAAUAUCAAAAAAUUUUAAAAAUGAUAUUUGUAUAAAUGCUCAAAAUUUAUAAAUUAAUAUAAUAUAAUGGUGGUUGGAAAACUCUUCACAAAAUUAAUACAAACACUACCAUCAUGGGAAACAACAAAAUACUAUGGAAGAGUAUGUAUAUGUCAAUUAAGAUGUAUAAAAUAUAAAAUGCAAACAAGUAAAACAUGGUUUAAUUUCAAGUGUAAAUUUAUGCCAUAUAUUUUACGCAAAGAGUUGAAAUGCAAAGAAUGUCAUCAAAACAAUGGUGAAGCUAAAGAAGCUGUGAAAAGCAAGAAAGAUUGUUCCAAUUAAAACUAUAAUUAGUAAAUAUGAUAAUAAUGGAUUAACAACAGAAAUACAUGGAAAUAAAUCAAUCUUGCGAACAAAAUGAAUCCAAACAAAAUCAAAAAACAGUAUAUAUCAGAAACAUCUAUAAAAAAAAUGUAACAA